AUGGAAUUCCGGGAAAGCGAACCGGAGCUGGUGCGGGCUGAGAAGGGCGAAAAGAUCCCGAAAGCGGCCGCUCGCGCUUUAAGCGCGGCUCGGGCGCAGUUUAAGCGCGGCUUUGCCCACCUGUCUGCCGGGGCAGCGCUGCGGGGGCGCACGGGCAGCGAGAGAGAAGCGGAGAGGAGCCCGGUGUCCCCCCCCAGCCCCUCCGGGUGCCGCUCCCCGCUCACCUGGGCGGCCGGCGCGGCCGGGAGCGGCAGCAGCAGCGGCAGCAGCAGCAGCAGCGGCGGCGGGAGCCUGCAGCUGCGGCGGCUCCAGCCCGCGCCGGAGCUCUGCUCCUCCGACGGCGCCGCGGGGCUCGUGGGCUCGCUCCGAGAGGUCACGAUCCACGACCGGCACCGGGAAAGCUGGCAGCUGAGGAAAGGCAUCAGUGAUGUCGGGGAGGAGGUGGACUACGACGAGGAGCUGUACGUGGCCAGCAACGUGGUCAUCUGGAGCAAGGGCAGCAGAAGCCAAGCAUCCGCUGUGUACAAGGCAUUCACCGUCGACAGCCCCGUCCUGCAGGCCUUGUGGUGUGACUUCACUAUCCCCCAGGAAAAAUCGGAAAAAGCUGAUGUUUCAGGCAGUGAGGAAAUAGUGGAGAAAUGUAUCUGCAUUUUGCAGAAUUCCUGCAUAAACGUGCACAGCAUGGAGGGGAAGGAUUACAUCGCUGCUCUGCCUUUCCAGGUCGCAAAUGUUUGGCCAACCAAAUACGGGUUGUUAUUUGAGCGCAGCAGUUCUUCCCAUGAGGUGCCUCCAAGUCCACCCAGGGAGCCUUUGCCGACGAUGUUCAGCAUGCUGCACCCCUUGGACGAGAUCACCCCUCUGGUGUGGAAGUCUGGAGGAGUGUUCGGAUCGUCCCGGGUGCAGUACGUGGCCGACCACACGCUGAGGAUCGUGUUCCUCAGCGCUGACCCUUCCAUCGUGAUGACCUACGACACUGUGCAGAGCUUACACACGGUCUGGGCCCUCCGCAGAGUCAAGCCAGAGGAGCAGAGCCUGGUGCUGAAAUUCCCAGAGCAGGGGGGCACCCCCCAGCACAUGGCCACCAGCAGCUCCCUGACCGCUCACCUCCGGAGCCUCUCCAAAGGAGAGUCCCCUGGGGGCUCCCCUUUCCAGAACUACUCGUCCAUCCACAGCCAGAGCAGAUCCGGCUCCUCUCCCAACCUGCAAUCCCGCUCUCCCACCAUCUCCAACAUGGCUGCUUUGAGCCGCUCCCAUUCCCCAGCCCUGGGAGUCCAUUCCUUCUCUGGAGUGCAGAGGUUCAACUUCUCCAGCAGUGCCCAGUCCCCGAGGAGACCCAGCGUUACCCAUUCCCCCAGUUCCGUAGCCAACGACUCCUUCCUCGUGCCAGAGACAGAGCCCAUCGUUCCUGAGCUCUGCAUCGACCACCUGUGGACAGAAACGGUCCCAAACAUGAGAGAGAAGAAUUCCCAGGCAUCCAAAGUGUUCAUUUCCACCGACCUCUGUGGGCAGAAAUUCCUGUGCUUUUUAGUGGAAUCCCAGCUCCAGCUGAGGUGUGUAAAAUUCCAAGAGAGCAAUGAUAAAUCACAGCUGAUCUUCGGGUCUGUCACCAAUAUUCCAGCAAAGGAUGCGGCUCCAGUGGAGGGAAUUGACACUCUGCUGGUUCUGGAAGGCAGCGGGAAUCUGGUGCUUUAUUCCGGAGUGGUUCGGGUGGGAAAGGUUUUUAUUCCCGGGCUUCCUGCUCCAUCCCUGACAAUGUCCAACCCGAUGCCUCGGCCAAGCACUCCCUUGGAUAGUGUCAGUACUCCAUCCAAGCCUCUGAACAAGCACCUGGGUCCCCUGGAAGAGAGCGUGCUUUUGUCACCGGUUCCGGAAUUAAGGGACUCUUCCAAGCUCCACGACUCCCCCUAUGUUGAGGACUGCACUUUCCAGCAGCUUGGGACUUUCAUCCAAGCUCUGAGGGAUCCUGUCCACAACAGAGUAACUUUAGAGCUCAGCAAUAACACCAUGGUCCGGAUCAGUAUUCCUGAAAUCGCCACCUCGGAGUUAGUGAAAAGAUGCCUGCAGGGGGUGAAAGCCAUCCUGCCCAAGGAAACAGCUGUGCAGAUGUUGGUGAAGUGGUACAACGCCUACAACGCCCCGGGAGGGCCCAGCUACCACUCGGAGUGGAAUUUAUUUGUCACCUGUCUGAUGAACAUGAUGGGUUACAACACUGAGAGGCUCUGCUGGACACGGAACCUCGAUUUUGAAGGAUCACUCUCUCCAGUCAUUGCUCCAAAGAAGGCAAGGCCAUCAGAAACUGGGUCCGAUGAGGACUGGGAAUAUCUCCUGAGCUCUGACUACCACAGGAAUUUCGAGUCUCAUCCCAUUGCCAAAGCUCUGCGCCUGGACCCUCUGGAGGUUUCUGCUUCCAAGGAUGACUUUUCCCAGAGCCUCAGUUUGGAUUCCUCCACCCUCCUUUUCUCCCACAUCCCUGCCAUUUUCUUUGUUCUCCACCUCAUCUACGAGGAGCUCAAACUGAACAGUCUGAUGGGAGAAGGGCUCCGCUCCCUCGUGGUUCUCCUGGUUCAGCUGGCCAGGGAUUUAAAACUGGAAGCUUACAUGGAUUAUUACUACAGGGACUACCCAGCACUUGUCAAAACCUCCAGGCAGACCUGCAUAAUUGACCAGGUCCAAACAGGUUUCAUGCUCCAUCCCUCCUUUUUUUCUGCUGAGCCUCCAAGCAUCUUCCAGUGGCUGAGUUCCUGCCUGAAGGGAGAGGGAGUGCAGCCUUAUCCCUACUUACCAGGGAUCUGUGAGAGGAGCAAACUGGUGGUACUGAGUGUGGCCCUGUAUAUCCUUGGGGACGAGAGCGCCGUGCUGAACGAAGCCUCCCAUUAUUUGUACAAGAUCAUGUCAGGCCAACGGAAGCAGCAGAUGGAGCAGGAUGACAGCCGGUGCAGUUUCAAAUCCAGCACUUCUGUUUCCAGCCUGGCUGAAAAGUUGGUGCUUUGGAUGACCAGUGUUGGUUUCACCUUGAGGGAUCUGGAAUCUCUUCCCUUUGGCGUGGCCCUUCCCAUCCGAGAUGCCAUCUACCAGUGCCGGGAGCAGCCGGCCUCGGACUGGCCAGAAGCCGUCUGCCUCCUCAUCGGCCGCCAGGAUUUGUCCAAGCAGGCCUGGGAAGGGAGCCUGCAGAAGGGAAAAUCCUCCGUGGGCACGGUGCUGUCCUCGGAUAUUCCGUCGGCAGCCGAGUCGGAGGAGGACGAGGAUGGCAUGAACGACAUGAACGAGGAGGUGAUGUCCCUGAUCUGGAGCGAGGACCUGAGGGUGCAGGAGGUGCGGAGGCUCCUCCAGAGCGCCCGGCCCGUCCGGGUCAACGUGGUGCAGAUGCCGGAAGCCAGCGACCACGAGUACAUCGAGGAGAAGGAAAACAGGUUGCUGCAGCUGUGCCAGCGAACCAUGGCGCUCCCGGUUGGACGAGGAAUGUUCACGCUGUUCUCCUACCAUCCCGUGCCGACGGAGCAGCUGCCCAUCCCAAAGCUGAACCUCACCGGCCGUGCUCCUCCCAGGAACACCACGGUGGAUCUGAACAGCGGCAACAUCGACGUGCCCCCCAACAUGGCCUGCUGGGCCAGCUUCCACAACGGGGUGGCCGCCGGCCUGAAGAUCGCUCCCGCUUCCCAGAUCGACUCCGCCUGGAUCGUCUACAACAAGCCCAAAAUCGCCGAGCUGGCCAAUGAGUACGCGGGCUUCCUCAUGGCCCUGGGCCUCAACGGGCACCUCACCAAGCUGGCCACCCUCAACAUCCACGACUACCUAACGAAGGGCCACGAGAUGACGAGUAUCGGGCUCCUGCUCGGCGUCUCGGCCGCCAAGCUGGGCACCAUGGACAUGGCCAUCACCCGCCUGCUGAGCAUCCACAUCCCCGCCCUGCUGCCGCCCACCUCCACCGAGCUGGAUGUGCCCCACAACGUCCAGGUGGCUGCCGUGGUGGGGAUAGGCCUGGUCUACCAGGGCACUGCCCACAGGCACACCGCCGAGGUGCUGCUGGCUGAGAUAGGGCGUCCUCCCGGCCCAGAGAUGGAAUAUUGCACGGACAGAGAGUCCUAUUCCCUGGCUUCAGGGCUGGCCUUGGGAAUGGUGUGCCUUGGGCACGGCAGUAACCUGAUUGGGAUGUCGGACCUCAACGUUCCCGAGCAGCUCUACCAGUACAUGGUGGGGGGACACCGGAGAUUCCAGGCGGGAAUGCACAGGGAGAAGCACAAAUCCCCCAGUUACCAGAUCAAGGAAGGAGACACCAUCAACGUGGACGUGACGUGUCCAGGGGCCACCCUGGCACUUGCCAUGAUCUACCUGAAGACCAACAACAGAUCCAUUGCUGACUGGCUCAAAGCACCGGACACCAUGUAUCUCCUGGACUUUGUCAAGCCAGAAUUCCUCCUGUUGAGGACCCUGGCUCGAUGCCUGAUUUUGUGGGAUGACAUCCUGCCCAAUUCCAAGUGGGUCAACAGCAAUGUGCCUCAGAUCAUAAGGGAGAACAUUAUCUCUCUCCAUGCAACAGAGCUGCCUUCCUCCGAAGACCUGAGCUUGGAAACGCUGGCGCAAGCUCACGUCUACAUCAUCGCCGGAGCGUGUUUAUCCCUGGGAUUUCGCUUUGCCGGGUCGGAAAACCUGGCAGCAUUUCAGUGCCUGUACAAAUACGCCACGGAUUUCCUGAAGUGUUUGUCGGCUCCGACAGCAUCCAUAACAGGUCACUAUAACCUGGAGACGUGCCUGAGCGUCCUGCUCCUGGCCCUGGCCAUGGUCAUGGCCGGCUCUGGGAACCUCAAGGUGCUCCAGCUUUGCCGUUUCAUGCACAAGAAGACGGGGGGAGAGAUGAACUACGGCUUCCACCUGGCUCACCACAUGGCUUUGGGGCUCCUCUUCCUGGGAGGAGGAAGAUAUUCCCUGAGUACUUCCAACUCCUCCAUUGCUGCUCUCCUCUGUGCUCUGUACCCUCACUUCCCUGUUCACAGCACGGACAAUCGGUACCACCUGCAGGCUCUGCGUCACCUGUACGUGCUGGCGGCCGAGCCCAGGCUCCUCACUCCCGUGGACGUGGAUUCCAACACCCCCUGCUACGCCCUCAUAGAGGUCACCUACAAGGGCACGCAGUGGUACGGGGAGGCCACCGAGGAGCUGAUGGCACCCACGCUUCUCCCAGAGCUCCACUUGCUGAAGCAGAUCAGAGUGAAGGGCCCCCGGUACUGGGAAUUAUUAAUAGAUCUAAGCAAGGGAACGGCUCAUCUCCAGUCGAUCCUUUCCAAGGGUGGCAUCCUGUACGUGAAGCUCCGAGCUGGGCAGCUCUCCUACAAGGAGGAUCCCAUGGGCUGGCGCAGCCUCCUGGCAGAGACCGUCACCCACCGCAGCUCCGAAGCGCGCGCCUUCAAGCCAGAAGCGAUUUCCGCUUUCACUUCCGAUCCCGCUCUCUUUUCCUUCGCCGAUUAUUUUUGCAAACCGACUGCCAACAUGGGCCAGAAACAGGAAAUCCUGGAUCUUUUCUCCUCCAUCCUUUACGAGUGCGUGACCCAGGAGAAUCCGGAGAUGCUGCCCACCUACAUCGCCAUCGACCAGGCCGUCAGGAGGCUGGAAAGGAGGGAAAUGUCCGAGACCUUCGAGCUGUGGCAGAUGAAGCUGGUGCUGGAAUUCUUCAGCUCCCAGAGCCACCAGGAGAGGAUGAGCAGGAAUCCAACCCGAGGGCUCUUCAUGAACUCGGAAUUCCUGCCCGUGAUGAAGUGCACCAUAGAUAACACCUUGGAUCAGUGGCUUCAAGCCGGAGGGGACGUGUCCCUGCAUUCCUACCUGAGCGGGCGGGCUCCGGAGGAAUCCCAGCUGAGCAUGCUGGCGUGUUUCCUGAUUUACCACUCGGUGCCCACGCCGGGGCAGCUGGCAGCUGGAGGCUUGGAAGGGAGCAGGAACUUCUCGGAGCUGCUGCUGAAGCUGCGGAGGCUGCACGUGCCCGUGCGGGCGCUGCUGCGCCUGGCUCCGCUGCUCCUCGGGAAUCCCCAGGCCAUGGUGCUGUAGUCCCAGCAAACUUCCCAAAAUCUCCUUCUUUUUGUACCUUCCCAAGCACCAGACUCACCCCCAGCUGUGGCAACCCCGACCAGGAGUUAUUUAUAAAUUGUUAUGAGGAAUUUAAAAAAAAAAAAAAAGAGCUAUAAAAGCGAGGUCAUAAUAAAUUUACUUUUGUAACGAA